UUUAUUAUGAAUUAAUUGAUCAAUACAAAUUUGGUUUUUACCUGUUUCUAUAAUUUUUUAAACGAACAAUUAUCUCCACAGUUAAUGUUUUAAACACAUUUUUUUAAAGCAUUGCCUAUAAAUUGUAUACGUAAAGUACACUAUGCUUGCGCUUUAAGUUUUACGGAACUUCUGCUCUAACGUCCUAAAUUUAGAACCUCUAUUUACAAAAUAGAUGUUUCAUAUAAAAGAAGAAAUUCUGUACUCCGUGAUUGGCGUUGAUCGAUGUUUAUUUUGGGUAGGAUAAGUUAUUUUCAAAAUGAGUAAAAUUGAAAAACCGAAAACCAGACGCUACACGAAUCGUAAGCCCUUCCAGAAACGAGCUGCGUUGGACGUCAACCUCAAAGGUUUCUUAUGCAGCUGCAACAACCGCGAAAAAGACUGUAUUAAAGAGUCGUACAAUAUUCUCAAUAAAUACGCCGAUAUUUUGUAUCCUCCGGAGACACCGUCAGCAGAAGAUCCUGUUAAAGAGAGCAACAUAGAAGACGAUUUGCAAAAGGAGUUGACGGAAUUGCGACAGAAAAAAAAAGGUGACAUGCGUUUUCAAGUGUUAGACUCGGGCGCUAAGAAUUUUUUGUUUAUCAAAACAACUGUGGAGGAUCCCGUAAAAUUGGCCGAGAAAAUCGUCACUGAAAUAGCAAACACCAAGGUCCAAGAGAGUAAAUUUUUGCUAAGCAGAUAAAUAUUUCACCGGUGAAGCAAAAAGCUUCUCUGUUGUGUUCAAUCACAGAAACAACAACAGUGUGUCACGGGAUGAAAUAAUUAAAGUGUUGGCGAAUGUAGUGUUUGCUAAAUGCCAGGAUCACAAA